UUGGUUUCUACAAAUACAAACAAACCUGAUAGAAUCGCCCCGUUUCUAGACUAGCUAGAUCAAUCAAGAGAUUAGACUACACUAGAUCUAGAUCUAUUCUACUACAUAUAAAAUAGAAUAUUUUUUAUACUUAUAGAUCUAUCUACACAGUAGUUUAGAUCUAAUUAUUUGUAUUAGUCAUGUCUGAAGACAAGAGAAGAGGAGGUGGGGAUGAAGUGGAAGAUGGAGGUCCAGGUCUCAUUUACAUGCCCUUUGUCAUAAUGGAGGAACUGCUGGACAAACUGCGGUUGCUUGAAUAUGAAAAAGAGUUCUCUAAGAAAAUGAAUCUCAAGCCAGUAAACAGACAUUACUUUGCAAUACAAACUAAUCCUGGAGAACAGUUUUACAUGUUUACAUCAUUAGCAGCAUGGUUAUUAAAUAAAGCAGGACGGCCGUUUGAUCAACCGCAAGAGUAUGAUGAUCCUAAUGCCACAAUAUCAAGUAUUCUUGAUGAAGUCAGAAAAUGUGGUCACCCUAUUGACUUUCCUCCAUCCAAGUUAAAACCAGGCUGGGGAGAACAUUGUAUUUAUAUUCUUGACAGACUGGCAGACGAGGCACUCAAAAGUAUUGGAUUUUCAUGGAAACGGCCACAGUACCCUGAAGAAGAAAUGGAUGAGGAAAAUAUUGUUGAGGAUGAUUCAGAACUAACAUUGAAUGAAAUUGAGAAAUCUAUGGCAUUGGCGCACUCUGAUGUGGAAGAAGCUGAUGAUGAUGAGCCUAUAUUAGAUUUGGAGGGAAUGAAAAGACUAAAUCAGAACAAACAGACUUUUGAAUCUAGCAAGCCUGAGGAGAUUUUGGAGUCCACAACAGAUGCAGCAGACUGGAAACUAGAAGUAGAAAGAGUGAUGCCACAACUUAGGGUCACUAUCAGAACAGAUAAUAAAGAUUGGCGUGUCCACUUGGAACAAAUGCACCAACACCAUGACGGAAUAAAGACUUCCUUAAAUGAGAGCAAAGUUCAUCUCGACAAAUUGCAAGAUGAGAUAUCAAGGACGCUAGAAAAAAUUGCCAGCCGAGAAAAAUACAUCAACUCCCAGCUAGAGCAUCUUCUAGUAACCUUCCGACAGGCACAAGAUGUUUUAGCGGAGACUAAAGAAAAGUACAGGCAGGCUAGUGGUGGUGUGACGGAGAGGUCAAGGCUGUUAGCUGAGAUUACAGAAGAAUUAGAGAAAAUUAAACAAGAAAUGGAUGAAAGGGGGAGCAGUAUGACAGACGGAGCACCACUGGUCAAGAUCAAACAGGCCAUUCAAGCACUCAAGAAAGAAAACACACAGAUGGACAUCAGGGUUGGUGUGGUAGAGCAUAUAUUGUUGCAGGCAAAGUUAAAAGACAAAACAUUGGUCAAUAAACAGGUCCAUUCCACCAGCGCUGGCAAUGACGGUUUCAUCAUUUAAAUAAUACUUUUGAUUCAUUUAUUGUUGUCACACUAUGCAUAAAUAAUGAAAAAAAUGAAUUAGAAGCAUUAUGCCUACAUCAUCUUUGGAAAGGUUGGUCAAAACUUGAUUAGUGCCUCAGUUUAUUCAAGAUGUUAUCAAAUAUCUAUGUGAAAUUGAAUUUCUCUAACCCUCUACUUGUUAGUUAUUAUAAUUGGCUACUCAUUUUAUUGUUUUUAGAUGGAAUACUGUUAAAAAUUAAUAGGAUAGAAAAUCUCUAUUCAGGAAUAAAGAUACAAUAAUCACUACUAAUUAUAAAUGAGGGGUUUUCAUUAAUGCAUAAUGCAAUUUCAAAUCUUUUCCCAAGUCCUUAUUUUAGGUUAAAGAUAACUAAUGACUACAAUUAAAGGAUCUUGUUUCAUGCCUUGAAGUAUCUUUAAAAUAGAACUUUGAGUAAAUGCAAGCAAUAUGUUGACUGGUGUCUUGUAUCUAUUUUUUAGUUUAUUCAGCCAUUGCAUAAUAGAUAGCUGUACAAGGGCACUUACGGUUUUGAAAAAUGUACACAAAUAUUUAAUUGAUGCUUUAUUUUUUAACUCUGGUCCUAGCAACUGUGAUAUAAUUUCAUUAAAUCAAAUACAUACAACUUGA